CUGCGGAUGCAAGGGGAGAAGCUCCAGCUGGGAGGGAUUCAUUUGGCAGUGCGUUUUGUGUGGCCUGGCAACUCGCCCUUCCCCCCCCCCACCUCACGUCUAAGGCCUCUGGCGGCUGCCUGGCGAGGAGGGGGAGCCGAGCCGCCCCCCUGAGUCUAAGGAAAGAGGCCCCGCUUGCCCACCAACCCCCACCCCCAGGCCCUCCGUUUGACAGGUGGGACCCUCUUCUCGCUCAGCCCGGCCCGGGUGCCGCCGAAGGGGGGGGAGGCCCCGCCUUGCCCUGCCCGGCCCAGGCGCCGAGUCCUCCGGCGGCGGCGGCGGCAAUCAGCGCUGGUGGAGCAGAGGAGGGGCCAGAGGGGAAGGAGCGGGAUCAGCGCAGCCUGGCAUGACGAGACGAGGCCCCCGGAGAAGUGCCCAGCAGAGUGCCACAGUGCCCAUCCCUGUGCCUGGCUCAGCUUCUGACUUGCUCCCUCACUUCCUUCUGGAGCCUGAGGAUGUUUAUAUUGUCAAGAACAAGCCGGUGACACUAGCUUGCAAAGCUGUUCCUGCCACCCAGAUCUACUUCAAGUGCAAUGGGGAAUGGGUGCACCAGGGUGACCACAUCAUACAACGCAGUAAGGAUAAAAGCACUGGCCUGCCCCUCAUGGAGGUGCGGAUUGACAUCUCACGGCAGCAGGUGGAGAAGAUCUUUGGCUUGGAAGAGUACUGGUGCCAGUGUGUCGCCUGGAGCUCUUCUGGCACCACCAAGAGUCAGAAGGCGUAUGUGCGCAUUGCUUAUCUGCGGAAGAAUUUUGAGCAGGAGCCAGUGGCCAAAGAGGUCUCUAUUGAACAGGGGAUUGUGCUGCCAUGCCGCCCUCCAGAGGGGAUCCCACCAGCCGAAGUUGAAUGGCUACGCAAUGAAGAGCUCGUGGAUCCCGCUCUGGACUCCAAUUUCUACAUCACGCUGGAGCACAGCCUGGUUCUGAAGCAGGCCCGCCUGGCUGACACGGGCAACUAUACAUGUGUGGCCAAGAACAUUGUCGCCCGUCGCCGCAGCUCAUCCGCUGCUGUCACUGUCUAUGUGAAUGGCGGCUGGUCGACGUGGACGGACUGGUCAGCUUGCAGCACCAGCUGUGGACGGGGCUGGCAGAAGCGAAGCCGGAGCUGCACCAACCCAACGCCACUCAACGGGGGGGCCUUCUGUGAGGGCCAGAAUGUGCAGAAAAGUUCCUGCGCCACCCUGUGCCCAGUGCCUGGUGGUUGGUCAGCCUGGAGCUUGUGGUCCGUCUGCAGUGCAGAUUGUGCACACUGGCGUAGCCGCGAGUGCUCAGAUCCAGUGCCCCGCAACGGUGGUGACGAGUGCCAGGGGCCCGAACUGGAGACCCGCAACUGCACCAGUGAGCUGUGUUCUCAUGGAACUGGUGGCUCCGAGGAUGUGGCUUUGUAUGUGGGGCUGAUUGCAGUGGCGGUCUGUUUAGUGCUGCUACUCCUGGUGGUGACCUUAGUCUAUUGCCGCAAGAAAGAAGGAUUGGAUUCUGAUGUGGCCGAUUCUUCAAUCCUCACAGCUGGCUUUCAGCCAGUCAGCAUCAAGCCCACCAAAGCAGAUAACUCCCAGUUACUCACUAUCCAGCCCGACCUGAGCACCACCACUAUGACCUACCAGGGUUCACUGUGCCCACGCCAGGAUGCACCCAGCAAGUUUCAGAUUGGCAAUGGGCACCUGCUGAGCCCUCUGGGUAGUGGGCGCCACACCCUGCACCAUAGUUCACCUAGUGCUGACCCAGUGGACUUCGUGUCACGAUUCUCCACCCAGAGUUUCUUCCGCUCCUUGCCCAGGGGUGGCGCCAACAUGGCCUAUGGGACCUUCAACUUCCUGGGUGGACGUUUAAUGAUCCCCAACACAGGUGUCAGCUUGCUCAUCCCACCUGAUGCCAUCCCACGGGGGAAGAUCUAUGAAAUCUACCUGACCCUACACAAACAGGAAGAUGUGAGGUUGCCUCUGGCUGGCUGCCAGACAUUGCUGAGCCCCAUCGUCAGCUGUGGCCCUCCAGGGGUGCUGCUCACCAGACCUGUCAUCCUAGCCAUGGAUCACUGUGUGGAGCCCAACCCCGAGACAUGGAGUCUGCAUCUCAAGAAGCAAUCCUGUGAGGGCACCUGGGAGGAUGUGCUGCACCUCGGUGAACCAGCACCCUUGGAACUCUACCACUGCCAGCUGGAACCCCAGGCUUGCUACAUCUUCACUGAACAACUCGGGCGCUUUGCGUUGGUAGGGGAAUCCCUCAGCAUGGCUGCAUCAAAGCGUCUCAAGUUGGUUCUCUUUGCACCCACAACUUGUACUGGGCUGGAAUAUGAUGUCCGUGUCUAUUGCCUCAGUGAUACCCGCGAUGCACUCAAGGACGUGGUACAAAUAGAGAAGCAGAUGGGCGGACAGCUAAUUGGUGCUCCACGGAUCCUACACUUCAAAGAUAGUUAUCACAACCUGCGCCUCUCUAUCCAUGAUGUGCCAAGCUCACUGUGGAAGAGCAAACUCCUUGUCAGCUAUCAGGAGAUUCCUUUCUAUCACCUUUGGAGUGGGCUGCAACCUUACCUGCACUGCACCUUCACAUUGGAGAGACUCAGUACUAGCACAUGCCAGUUGGCUUGCAAAAUCUGGAUCUGGCAGGUGGAAGGUGAUGGGCAGAGCUUCAAUAUUGACUUCAACAUUGCCAAGGAUGCUCGAUUCUCAGACUGGCUUCCUCCAGACAAUGAGGCUGGUUCCCCUGCCCUGGUGGGCCCCAGUGCCUUCAAGAUCCCUUUCCUCAUCCGCCAGAAGAUCAUAAGCAGCCUGGACAUGCCUGGAGCCCGUGGGGCUGACUGGAGAGCAUUAGCCCAGAAGCUGCACCUUGACAGCCAUCUCAACUUCUUUGCUUCAAAACCCAGCCCGACAGCCAUGAUCUUGAACUUAUGGGAGGCACGUCACUUCCCCAAUGGGAACCUCAACCAGCUGGCUGCUGCGGUGGCCGAAGUGGGCAAGCAGGACAGCUCCCUUUUCAUGGUUUCAGAGGCUGAGUGCUAAGGCCCUCAGAGGGGGCCACGCAGGCCUUGGCCAGGAGAUAACGGGGGCAGCGCUUCCACACGUCUCCUGCUUUCCUUUGCUCGUGUGCCCUUUUCGAGGCAUAGCAGCCUCUUGCCCUCUUUUCCUUGUGCCAAAUACAGCCAGAAGGCAAGCACACUGGGCUCAGUCUUUAGCAGCCAUGGAAGCGACUACUGAAUGCCUGCCCUCCUGCCACCAAGGAAGCCCCAAGACUGUCUAUGGAAGGCCUGUCCCUUCUACUGGCACAGGCUGGCAAUGGAUUGUGACCAUAUCCUCUGGCUUGGAUAUGCCUCCAGUGCCCUUUUCUACCUGAGAAUGGGAAGAAUGAGGGAAGGAGAUGGCCAGCCUAGUGCUCAUGGUUGAGAGUCACUAGGAGAAACAGGUAAGCUUGGUCUUGGAGCUGAGAUUUCUGUGCCCCUCCCACUGCAGCCCCCAGCCAGCCCAGUGCCAAGAUAAAAGUAGAGGGUGGGGAGGGGGGGAAUAGCACAGGGUAGUUCCUGAACUAUCUGUAUAUUUUUGCUGUAGCUCAAGAGUUACCCAAGGCACAGUUAUGUAGAGCAGCCCCCAGGUUGGUGGCUUGCAAACACUGGGAGCCCCAGGGGACAAGGGAGGGGCAGGAGAUACCUAGGCAGAAGGCAGCCCAGGGCUCACAUGGCCAUGGUGUACUGGAUGACUGGACGUGUGCCUCCUUCAGUCCUUGCCCAGUGUAUAUGCAAAGGGAAUUGUGCGUGUGCGUGGCAGUCCAAUCCGUGCAGUGAACGUGUGCUGGACCGGGCAGGUCCGUGCCGUAUUGUGUAAAGAUCGUUUUUUAUUCUGUAUUCAAGUGCAUUCAAGUAUUUACACUUGGCCUUAUGUACAUACAAGCAUCCCGCACAGCGUUUU